AUGUCGCUCCCACAGUUCACCCACCCGGACAGCACAAUUCCCAAGCUCCCGGAAUCGUCGACGUCAGUUGUCCGUCGCCCCACCAAGUUUGACCACUUUACCUUUGAACCAUCGUCUCGCUGGGUGCGCGCUAUUGUGCCUGGUGAGCGCACUUGCGUUGUUGACAGCCGCCACCAACUCCUCGUGUGGGAGCCCAACAGUGGUAUUCCAGAGUACGCGUUCCCCCUUGCGCAUGUGCGAAACGACUUGCUCGUGCCCACGACUCAUCCCGAGGCUGCCAAGGCGUACUGGCGCCCCAAAGCCGAGGUAACGUGGUUUGACCUCGUUCUCCUCCAUACAACAAUCCCGUGUGCCGCGUGGAAGUACAACCGUCCCGAGCUUGAAGACUGGAUAUCACUAAGCUGGCAUCCGGCCACCGAAUUAGCUUGGUACGAGGAGCAAGAGGAGGUGCACACCCACCCACGCGACCCGCAUAUUCGGGUUGAUACUGUGCCCACCCACCGCCACAUCCAGGCUGUUAUGAGCGGCUCCGUCCUUGCUGACUCUGCGGAUUCGGUUGCACUUUUCGAAACUACGUUGCCAACGCGGUUCUAUCUUUCACGGGCCGACAUCAACUGGGACCUCCUCGAGCACGUCCAUCGUCGCACGUCCUGUCCGUACAAGGGUCACUGCGAGGACUAUUGGCGCCUCAAGGGCGGUGACGGCUCCCUUGUGGCUUGGUCUUAUGCCGAGCCCAUGCCGCAGCUUUCGUCCAUCGCUGGGCUGGUCGCAUUCGACUCGGGCAAUGUCCAGCUUCUGGUUGAUGGCAAACCCUUCGAGGGGCCUGAGGUGUGGGCAUGA